GCAGCCGCGCUAAGAACAAAAGCCCUCAGCGCGCUCUCGCUCCGGGGCUUUGAAGCGGCGCGGCCGAACUUGGAUCUCUGCCCCCCUCGGCCGAGCCGCGGCGGCGUCCGGGACUGAACUCGCCGGCGCCUUCCCCGCACGCCGCGGGCAGCCGGGGCUCGCCCGCCCGCCGCCCUCGCCCGCCCGUCCCGCCGGGGCUGCCCUCGGAGGGGGCCGCACCCCGCGCCCCCCCGGCCGCCCCCGCGCCGCGGGACCUUGGCUUUGCCCUUCGCACGGCAGGUGGCGGGGCCAGCGGAGAAGGAUGCGUGUCUUCCCGUGGGGAUUUUGGCUGCUGUGUGUCGCCUCCGCCCCGUCUCGCGGUGACAGCGGCAGCAAGGCGAGGAGCUGCGCGGAGGUCCGGCAGCUGUAUGGAGCCAAGGGCUUCAGCCUCAGCGGCGUGCCCCAGGCCGAGAUCUCCGGGGAGCACCUGCGAAUCUGCCCACAAGGCUACACCUGCUGCACCAGCGAGAUGGAGGAGAACUUUGCAAACAAAAGCCGAAGUGAAUUUGAAGCCAUGAUGAAAGAGGCUGGUCGCUCUGUGCAGGCCACCUUAACAGCACAGCACAGAAGCUUUGACAGUUAUUUCCAGGAUUUGUUGAACAAGUCAGAGAAGGCCCUUUACGAUGCCUUUCCAAGCAUGUAUGGAGAAUUGUACACUCAAAACGUGAAGGUGUUCAAGGACUUGUACAGCGACCUGCGCCGCUACUACCGCAGCUCCAACAUCAACUUGGAAGAGGCCCUCAAUGAGUUCUGGACACGGCUGCUGGAGAGGCUCUUCAAGCUGCUGAACUCCCAGUACCACAUCACGGACGAGUACCUGGACUGCAUGGUCAAACACGCCGAGCAGCACAAACCCUUCGGGGAGGUGCCCAGGGACCUGAAGGUGAAGGCAACCCGAGCCUUCAUUGCGGCACGCUCCUACGCACAGGGCUUCUUGGUGGGCAGCGACGUGGUCAAAAAGGUGUCUCAGGUGUCCCUCAGCCACGAGUGCACCCGUGCCAUCAUGAAGCUGAUGUACUGCCCGCACUGCCGGGGCCUGGCCAGCGUGAAGCCGUGCAACAACUACUGCCUGAACGUUGUGAAGGGCUGCCUGGCCAACCAGGCCGACCUCAACACCGAGUGGAAGUACCUGAUGGAUUCCCUGAUCGGGGUGGCCGAUCGGAUCGACGGACCCUACAACGUGGACACUGUGAUAGGCACCAUCCACAUGAGGAUCGCUGAAGCCAUCUCUAACCUACAGGAAAACAGAGACUCAAUCACAAGCAAGGUAUUCCAAGGCUGUGGAAAUCCCAAAAUCAGCACAAAAGGCUCCAGUAGUGAGGACAAGAAGAGACGGGGGAAGGUGACAUUGGAAGCCAAAUCCUCUGCACAGGCACUGGAGAUGCUGGUUUUAGAUGCCAAAGGGAAUCUGACAGCUCUCAAGACAUACUGGAUCACCCUGCCCAGCAGCCUGUGCAGCAAAAAAGUAAUGGCCAGCUCAGCGUUGGAUGACAGAUGUUGGAACGGGAUGACCAAGGGCAGUUACCUGCCCGAAGUGAUGGGGGAUGGUUUGGCUAACCAGAUCAACAACCCCGAGGUGGAGGUGGACAUCACCAAGCCAGAUAUGACCAUUCGCCAGCAAAUCAUGCAGCUCAAGAUCAUGACAAACCGCCUGGGCAAUGCUAACAUCGGCAACGAUGUGGAUUUCCAAGACACAAGUGACGACAUGAGUGGCUCCGGGAGCGGGGACAGCUGUCCUGAUGACGUCUGUGGCAAAAGACUUUCUAAGAGCCCCAGCACCAGGCAGCCAGAAACACACGCUAUUCCUAAGCAGUCUGGACACGGCAUCAACGGGGCCAGCAGCAGAUCUUUGCCUUCUGCCUCCCUCCUCCUCCUCCUCUCGGUGGCUGUCAUCGCCACGCAGCACUUGUGGCGGUAACUCACUGGCACAGCCAAGAAACAGACUGCGGCUGAGGGCUUCACUUUGCCAAAACCAACCAACCAACCAACCAAAGGACAUAUUUAAUUCACCUUGGCAAAAAA